UCUCACUCCUCCCCUUUACCAUUAUCUCUUCUUCCUACCCUGAUUUACUCUAAACCCAGCAGUAAGACCACGAUCCUGACCACCUCGAUCUCUACUGAUAGCACAGUGACUCGUUCCCACAAACUCAAUGAUCGCGACCACCCUCUCGAUGGCAUGAUGCCCCCCCGUGAAAACCUUCCUCGCUAUUUUGCCAAGUCUGGUCCAACCGACGCGGAUCCCCGCAAGACAAAGAAGGAUGGAGGCGGCAAGGGCAAUUGGGGUCGCUCCGGAGAUGAAGUGCAGGAUUAUGGUUAUACCAUGAACAAUGCUCGGCGUCGUUCCAACAGCAGCACGCAAGGACUGGCUGACUUCAGAACUAAAUUUGAGACGGUCGAACCGGAGCCGGUCUUCGAGGAGCAGCUCCACGGGCCUGCCGACGUGACCACAGCCGAUGAAAGUGCCGUGACUAAGGUUGAGAGUACCAGUAGCAGCAAUGAUAGUGAGAAUGACCAGGCAGCGAUGAAGUAUUGA